GGGGUAAUGUAUUUUAGCUGCACAAGCGCAACUAUCUAAAUUCGAACCUUCCCUGCCUUGUUGGCAUCUUUCUCUCUCUCCAUCGUCCUUGGCUUCGAGAAACCCUUAAUCUCUUAGGCUGGCUCUUCUCGUUGGCCUGUCAUCUAGAAUGUCUGAUCUUUUGACUCCUUCCGAAAGUCAAAAUUUUCAUACAUUUCUAUCUUCUAUGGAUUAUAACGACGAAUCGAACGAUAUGCGAAACGUUGCCAACAUAGAAUGGACUAGUUACAACAACGACAUUAAUGGGCACUCCAUGCCAGAUGUCCCUCAGCUGCAGGGACGCGAAGCUCUCGCGAAAGCUACCAAAGACCUAAUGUCUCUGGACGCAGAGGGUUGGAAUUCUGCGCCCGUGAUGCAUCCGUAUCAGCAGCAACAUUCCUAUAACUUUAUGGAUCACCAGUCGUCUCAGUACGGCUAUAAUUUGCACAAUCACCGGCAUUCCAAUGUCUACCAACAAAACGAUGCAUUUCCUCUUCUCUCGAAACAACGUUCUCAUUCACCUCAUCCUCCUUUUCCCCAUUCUCAUUCCGCUCCUUCACACUCAUUGAACCACGGUCAUCUAUCUCAGCCGAUAUCCGUCUCGCCUCCAAGCACACUUGGUCCCUCCCAAGAUCCGCGUAUCGGGUCUAAUAUGCAGUCUUCCUUCAAUUCUAUGGGUUCUCCACCGACUACGACUUCAUCUGCAUCGUUUUCUGUCGCCAGCUCUAGUCGUCAUGGAGUUCCGAGUACAUCGACCCUUUCUUCUCCAACCCUUUCAUCCGAAUCCUUACAGCGCUCUGGAUCGCCUGGUGGCAAUACUUCCAAUAAACGCCAACUAGAUGCCUUAUCGUACCCAUCACCCAACAAGCGAUCUCGUCCUUCCCCACCAGCCUCUUCACUGCCAAAUAAGACGACGCUACUUUCUCCAUCGCAGAAAAAAGCUAACCACAUUCAAUCUGAGCAGAAAAGACGAGCUAAUAUUCGUCGAGGCUAUGAGGCUUUAUGUGAUACGGUCCCUGCUCUUCGGGAGGCUAUCCGAUUAGAAGAAGAGGCCCAAUUAGCCUUGGAUUCGAACGGGAACGGAAAGAAGCCAAAGAGAGGCAAACGUGCAAAGGUUGAUGAUGGGACUGGAGAGAAAAUCGACGGUCGGGCAGGCCCCAGAAGUGAAAACAUCGUGCUCGGAAAGACUAUUGAAUACAUCAAAGAACUUUUGCAUGACCGUCAAGACCUUUUAGCACGCUUAGAGCGUGCCCGGUCCUCGAUCGCUCCUGACCAUCCUUCCGGAAAACCCUUAGAUCCACUUCCGUUGUGGGAGAGGGAAUGGAAGGGUGGUAGUGGCAAAGAAGGCGAUGCGGAGGAUGAAGAAGAGGAGGACGAGGAUUGAAUGCGAUCCCUUCCUUCUUAACGAAUACACUUUGGUCUUUGUUCAGGUGUCGUUCCUUUUGCGUGGUCCACCUAAAUACGAUGAAGUUAAACGUCGAUAACGUUCUCUAGUUUAUAUUCGUCUCUUAAUUUUCUAAGAUCCGAGUCUCUCAUUCAUUUACAUGUGUCUGUGUAAAUCAUCUUCCUUAAGGACGGUAUAUUCGUUACAUUAUGCUAUAAUUAUUUUUUUCCUUAUGCUUUCACUAGAUAAUAACCUCUUGCACUUGAUUGAGCUCAUGAUUUGUACGUGAGUCACAAGCUU